AUGGAGGCGGAUCCCUUUAACCUCCAACAAUACAAGGCUGAGAUCAUCUCGCAGAAGAAGAAUUGGCUUCCCCUCCCCACGCAGCCAAGCGAAAAGGUCAACAAUUUCUACAUUGAGCAAAAUGAGCUCAUCGAUGGCUUUCUCUUCAGUGGUGAUGAAGAGCGCCGAAAUGCUAUGGACAUCGCGCAGAACGGCGGCAAGGUGAAACUUGCCGUGCGAGCUAGCUUUGUGGUCAACUUCUUUCUCUUCGUCAUUCAACUCUAUGCAGCUAUCUCCACCGGUUCCCUGGCUCUCUUCGCUACGGCUGCCGACGCCUUCAUGGAUCUCGUCUCUUCGAUUGUUAUGCUCGUUACCUCCCGCAUGUCCACCCGCCCUAAACCAUACAAGUACCCGGUUGGACGCCGUCGCAUCGAAACAAUGGGGAUCAUCAUGUUCUGUGCGCUCAUGACGGUUGUUGGAGUGGAGUUGAUUAUUGAGUCGGCCAAGGCGCUGGCUGAUGGAGAGACAGAGUCAAGUCAGCUCAAGUUGAUUCCGCUGAUAUGUGUUGGAGUCGCUAUUUUCUCCAAAUUCUGUCUGUUCCUGUUCUGUUAUAGUCUGCGACGGUACCCCGCCGCCCGCAUCUUCUAUAUCGACCAUCGAAAUGAUCUUGCAGUUAAUGGCUUCGGUCUGCUCAUGUCGAUUGUUGGAAAUCGUCUUGUGUGGUACCUUGACCCCGUCGGUGCUUGCUGCAUUGCUCUUCUCAUCCUAUUUUCGUGGGUGUCGACUGCAUUCGAACACAUGUGGCUUAUUGUAGGCAAAUGCGCGCCCAGAUCAUUCGUAAACAAGUGCAUCUAUGUGACGAUGACACAUGAUCAGAGGAUUCAGAAAGUGGAUACAGUGAGUAAUCCUCUGUGA